AUGGAGUCUGCGGACAAAGAUUACAGAGGCGGCGGUCCCUUGACCGACGUCGAGUCCAAGCACAACGGGGAAUCCUACCCUCGCGACGUCAACUUCGCCGCACUCAACGACCCCAAUGAUCUGGUCAAUUCGCACGACCAGCUGUCGCGUGGCUUGAAGAGCCGACACAUUCAGUUCCUAGCAUUGGGUGGCGCCAUCGGAACCGGUCUCUUCGUCGGCUCAGGCAGUAUCCUCUCAGCAGUUGGCCCCGCGCCGCUGUUCAUGGGAUACCUCUCCAUGAUGAUUGUCGUGUGGAACAUCAUGAACAAUCUCGGAGAGAUGGCCACCUACCUCCCGCUCAAGGGUAUCUCGAUCCCCUACUUUGUCGAACGCUUCGUCGAGCCCAGUUUGGCUUUCGCCGCCGGUUGGAACUACUGGUACGCAUACGCCAUGCUCGUCGGCGCUGAGGCCUCGGCCGGCGCAAUCCUCCUCGACUAUUGGAAAACACCCGUACCCUCGGCCGUCUGGAUCACAAUCAUCCUGCUCGUCACCCUCGCUCUCAACAUUUUUGCUGUCGAAAUCUUUGGUGAGGCUGAGUUCUGGUUUGCGAGUAUCAAGCUCAUCACCAUCUUGGGUCUUAUCAUGGUGAGCUUCGUCAUCAUCCUCGGCGGUGCCCCCGACGAAGGUCGCAUUGGCUUCCUUUACUGGUACGACCCUGGCGCAAUUACACCAUACCUCGUCGGCGGAAACACUGGCAAGUUCUUGGCCUACUGGACUGGUUUCGUCCGUGCCGGUUUCGCCUUCAUCACUUCCCCCGAGCUGAUCGCACUCGCGGCCGGCGAGACCGUUGCCCCCCGUCGCAACAUCCCCAAGGCCGCUCGCCGUUUCGUCUGGCGUCUGGCUAUCUUCUACGGCCUCGGCUCCCUCAUGAUUGGCGCCAUCACCCCUUCGAACGACGAGAGACUCCUCAGUCCUGCCUCCAACGCUGCUGCUUCUCCUUGGGUUAUCGGAAUUCAGCGUGCUGGCAUCGGUGGUCUGAACCACGUCAUCAACGCCGCCAUUCUCACCAGUGCGUGGAGUGCAGGCAACGCCUUCUUGUACUCCGGCAGCCGUAUCCUCUACAGCUUGGCCCUAAACAAGCAGGCCCCUCGCUUCUUCGCCCGUACGACCAAGCGUGGUGUCCCCUACACCGCCGUCCUCGGCACCUGGUCAAUUGCUCUGCUCUCCUACCUCACCGUCAGCAGCGGAACCUCUACCGUCUUCACCUGGUUCAUGAACAUUAGCACCAUUUCCGGCUUUAUCGCAUGGAUUGUCGUCAUGAUCACCUACCUCCGCUUCCGCAAGGCUAUGAUCUACCACAACAUGAUGCACCGUCUGCCCUUCAAGACGCCCCUCCAGCCUUAUUUUACCUGGUUUAUCCUCGGUCUCCUCAUCAUCCUGACCCUUACCAACGGCUUCCAGGUCUUCUUCCCUGACCACUGGAGCGUCUCGGACUUCCUGGCUGCCUACAUUACGCUGCCCAUCUUUUUCGUGCUGUACGUUGGACACAAGAUCUGGUUCCGUACGCCGAUAGCGCGCAACGUGGCCGACGUAGAUGUCUUGACCGGCGUUGCCGAGAUGGAAGCCAUGGCGGAGCUCGACGAGGAGCCGAUCCCGAAGAACCUGUUGCAGAAGGUUUGGUUCUGGCUUGCUUAG